AUGAAGCUGAUCACGACCGUGACAGGGAAGCGCUCAGGGAGCGAUUCCAUGUACAUUGAAGUAGAGGCGAGGGUAGGGCAUGACGUCGUUGGCACCAAGGCCGAGCCGUUCGCAGGUGCAUGUGGCCCCGUCGAGUUCGAGAAGGUCAAGCUGCAGUGGCAACCACAGCAGAAACGUUCAUAUUUGUCAAAAGCAGCCAAAGCGUGGUGCGUCGCGGCCAGAUGGGCACGGCACAUGCGUAGGGCGAAGGAGGCUAUCACUAAUGUCACGGCGAAGGUAAGUCUGCAGCAAGUGGGAGGUACGUCGGACACGGCCCAUUUUCACAAGCUGUCGAGCUUGAUGAUCGAGCUAGGCCGCUUUGUGGCGAAGGUGCUGUCUGAGACGGCCGUGCUCAGCGAGCUCGACAGCUGGGCGUCUGACUUUUUUCUCUUGGGAAUGGAGUUCCUGGCCCAUCCAGAAGUGGAUGCAGUGCUGGAUGCAAUCGAGGCCAAAGCAGCGGAGCUUGCUGAGGCACACGGCCAGAAGACUGCCAAAGCCUGGAGGGACUGGGCGGCAGCCAGCUUCUUUAACGGCGCGCGCUUCGCGCAUAGGCACACGAAAGGGAGAGCGUUGCAGGAGGUGGUUAAUGCAAACGUGACCGCUCGCACGCCUGCCCAGCCGCAUCAGUUAGCCGACAAGGCCACGAGGGAUUGGGAGGAGAUCUGGUCGAUGCACGAUGCCGCCGCCCCACAGCUGCCAGCCGAGGCGAAGGACUGGGAGGAGCUCCCGCCCUUGUCUGUGCAGGACCUGCAGCGAUCCAUUCUUCAGUUCCCAUGGGCGACGGGCGCCUUGCGCACGCAUUGGUCGGCUGGUGUUUGGACCCCCGAGCGUUUGCACAGCAUCGGCCUCCGCAAUUCCCCGCAGUGCUUUGUAUGCAAGCAGGCGACUGGCAACGAGUCUCACCAAUGGUUUGAGUGCGAAGCCAUGUUCGACGGGUUGGACGUGCCUGUUCCAGAUUAUGUCCUCGAGCUGAGGAAGGCCAUCAAGGUGGAAUUGUACUCGGAACUCGGCCACGGAGUGGAGCGUUUUGGCUCCACGGUCAUCUGCCUCUGCUGCGGGGCGUUUAGUGUGGCUGGAGGCCGCAACCGCAAGCUGCGAGCCCAAUGCAAGGGACAUUCGGACGUGGCUUCCACUCGCGCGAACGAGGAGAUGCAGAUCUCACGUGGGGACGGCGCGGUCGAGGUCAAGCGGCACGGUGCGAUGGCUAGCAGCCUCGCCGUGCGGCUCAUCACUUUCUACCCGCUGAAGCGGGUGUGGACGGAGACGCCGACCGGCGGCUGCGUCGGCUUCCUGACGGGCCUAGGCGGUUUCCUGCAGACCAUGUUGUUCGGCGUCGGCGGGCUGCGCAUCUGGCGCAGCUACCUGGCCAUAAACCCGUCGCUGAUCUCGGGCAUGACGCGCGUCGUCAUCCGCGGGGUGCACUACCGAGACGCGGUGCUCCAGAUCUCGUUCGACCAGGACGAGAUGGAGGUCCUCGCGGUCCGGGCGCCCCGCGCGGUGCAGCUGACGGACAGCUCGGGGAGCACCAGGAGCCUCGCGGAGGGGGACCUCGCCAGGGUGCCGCGCGGCAGGGCGAAGAUCCGCGUCUCGCAGAGCCGCCGGGCCCUGCGCCUCAACGAGCUGAGGCUGCUCUCCGUCUGA